AUGAGCGAAAUUCCAAAACAACAGUCUGGUGGUGAGAUAUAGCCAUUCUACUUGGCUCUAAUAGAUAAAUAUAAUUAAGUAGUAACAGCAGAUUCUACAAACAAGAUAAGAUUAGUUAUUAAUGUCACAAAUUCUCAAAAUUAUAGGUAUCCACCUAUUAUUGAAGGAGAUUCAACUUUCUAUUUGUCUUAUGGGUUAGCUGAGAUAAAAGAUCUUGCUUUUGCUGGAACUCCGGGUGCUAAUUACAGCAUAUCGCUUAUGACUGAGGCUAUUGAUAAAACAAAAAAAUCUAAUGCAGAAUAUAUGAAAUCACAAGGUAUUGAUUAAAUCGAUUUUAAAUUAGAGAUUAGUCUAAGGGAAUGCGAAAUUGGUGAGUAGUUUACAUCGAGCGGUAAAUGUGUUUAAUGCCCUGAUGGUUUAAGUUUUUCUUUAGUAAAAAUGAAUGAGCCAGGUAACUGCUAGUCAUGCCCUACUUCCAAGGCUAUUUGUAAUGGUGGAACGAAUAUUGAUGCUUAAAUACCUAGUCUUGCUUAGGGAUGA